GCAAGGAUCCCUAAAUGCUUUUUCUUGAAUAGAUUACAUUUCUUUUCUUGUUUUUUGACCAUAUAAAACAAGAGCUUCUAGGUGCAGGUCAGACUUAAGAUUAAGAUUCCAUGGUGUUUUUCGCCCUUCUUCUUUCACAAAGAGAGGAUUAUGAUUUUUUGACCCCUUCUUCAAUUUAUUUUGUGACAAAAUGAGGUUCGCCAACCAAAUUUAAUAUUGGAAUAAACAGAUACUGUCAUAUUACAUGCCAUUAGGAGCGGAACUGCAUACUAGUUAUGGUACGGGUUUGGGUAAAGGAGACAGAUAUUGUCUUUGCAGUUUGCGUGGACAAUUAGCUUUAGCGCCUCCUCCAAUUGGGUCAUUUAAUUUUUAUUUAUUUAUUAUUAUUGGCUGGCCAGGGUGAAAAAUGAAAAAAAUAGGAAAUAUUGUUAGACAAAUAUGCCUAUGUUGGAUCACAGCCAGCCAUCCAUGGUUUUCAAUGGGCUACUCGUCAAAAAUUAAGCCCACCAGCAUCGUUCUUUCUUUUGGACGACUUCUUAACCCAUUGAGGCCCAUUUAUUUUAAUUGGGGUGUCAUCAUAUGAGCCCAAAACUAGGCCCAUGGCCAACUUCGCCCCACACAAGUCUUGGAUGGAUAAGGUAAAAAAGAAGCGCCACACACACCAUGCUACAAAAAAAAAAAGACAUGCAAAAAUAAAUAUCAAAUUCAUUGCUUUGCUACACUAUUCUAUUAUCUUGAAAAAUAUCUGAAAUGGGCACCAUCCACCUUAACACUCAUAGCUUAACUACUCUCUCUGAACCUUGUAAAUUCAACUUCACCAGCAGCUCCAACAAGGUCCUUACACUCUCCAGGCACUUCAGCUUCCCUAGAGGAAAAAUCAGAGCUCUUAGCACCGUGCCGGAGAGCGAAUCCGUGGCCAAGGAGCCUGAUGAACCACCUGCAGUUGAUUUUGCAUUCGUUCAUUCUGUUUUGCUUCCAGAUGGUACCCCGGAUGUACAUUUUCGUAGGGCUUGUGGUGGGCAGAAACUUAGGGAUAUAAUGCUGGACAAUAACAUUGAGUUGUAUGGACCAUAUGCUAGACCUCUGCUAAACUGUGCAGGAGGAGGAACCUGUGGAACUUGUAUGGUGGAGGUUGUGGAAGGGAAGGAGCUACUCAACCCUCGUACAAACAAAGAGAAGGAAAAACUGAAGAGGAAACCAAAAAACUGGAGACUGGCCUGUCAAACAACAGUUGGUAAACCAGAUUCUAGGGGCAUGUUGGUGAUUCAACAGCUGCCUGAGUGGAAAGCACAUGAAUGGACUUAUGAAAAAAUAGCACCUUCAGAAGAGCCUUAAAGCUGAGACCUUUUUUUGUCUACAAUUAUUGUACAAAAAAUUUUUGAAACUUACUAUGAAGUUCAUGUUGACAUAAGAUAUACCAUUAUGGUUAACCACACUGUGAACAUUACUUGAAGAAUAUUGAAAUUACCUGGUUGAUUUAUUGCAAUAUUCAAUCUUAUUCCGUAAUUUGUUUGUAAUAGUGUUAGGUGACACUGUUUUUUCAUUAGUCUUUUUCUUUUUAUGGUUCAGGGAUAACACUGGCACUUCAUUGAGGUCCACCAUCAGCACAUUUUGAUUCAAUUAUUGCAAGGAUGGAUCAAUAGUUAAGUACAAAAAACAGUAACAAAAUUGUAAAAAAAAAAAAAAAUGUGGCUACACAUCACCAACUUCAUCCAUUUCCA